UAUUCUUUUUUUUUUUUUUUUUUUAGUGUUAAUAUUCUUGACAUUAUUGAUGUUAAUGUUAUUUCAACAUUGUAAAUCCCCUCACAGCAAGCCCUGGAUGAAAACAUGGACCUCUUGGAAGGUAUAACUGGCUUUGAAGACUCUGUCCGAAAAUUUAUCUGCCAUGUUGUGGGCAUUACUUAUCAGCACAUUGAUCGCUGGCUGCUGGCCGAGAUGCUCGGGGAUCUGACAGACAGCCAGCUAAAGGUGUGGAUGAGCAAGUACGGCUGGAGCACUGAUGAGUCGGGCCAGAUCUUCAUCUGCAGCCAGGAAGAGAGCAUUAAGCCCAAGAACAUUGUGGAGAAGAUCGACUUUGACAGUGUGUCCAGCAUCAUGGCCUCCUCCCAGUAACUUUGCAGGCGUUUAAUAAAGACUUGUUGACUUCUUA